AUGUCUACUCCCAACGGCGUUUCCAAGUCAGGAACUUUCCUGUUCACCUCCGAGUCCGUCGGUGAGGGUCACCCCGACAAGAUCGCCGAUCAGGUCUCCGAUGCCAUCCUCGAUGCCUGUCUCGCUGAGGACCCCCUCUCCAAGGUUGCUUGCGAGACUGCCACCAAGACUGGUAUGAUCAUGGUCUUCGGUGAGAUCACCACCCAGGCCAAGCUUGACUACCAGAAGAUUGUCCGCAACACCAUCAAGGACAUCGGUUAUGACGAUUCCGAGAAGGGUUUCGACUACAAGACCCUCAACCUGCUCGUUGCCAUUGAGCAGCAGUCCCCCGAUAUUGCUCAGGGUCUCCACCUUGACCAGGCUCUUGAGAGCCUUGGUGCCGGUGACCAGGGUAUCAUGUUCGGUUAUGCCACCGACGAGACCCCCGAGCUCUUCCCCCUCACCCUCCAGCUUGCCCACAAGCUUAACGCUGCCAUGUCCGCUGCUCGCCGUGACGGCAGCCUGCCCUGGCUCCGCCCCGACACCAAGACCCAGGUCACCGUUGAGUACAAGCACGACAACGGUGCCGUUGUCCCUGUCCGCGUCGACACCGUCGUCGUCUCUGCCCAGCACUCUGCCGACAUCACCACUGAGAACCUCCGCAAGGAGAUCCUCGAGAAGAUCAUCAAGGCCACCAUCCCCGCCAAGUACCUUGAUGAGAAGACCAUCUACCACAUCCAGCCCUCUGGUCUCUUCAUCAUCGGUGGUCCCCAGGGUGAUGCCGGUCUGACCGGCCGUAAGAUCAUCGUCGACACCUACGGUGGUUGGGGUGCUCACGGUGGUGGUGCUUUCUCCGGAAAGGACUUCUCCAAGGUCGACCGAUCUGCCGCCUACGUCGGCCGAUGGAUCGCCAAGUCCCUGGUCGCUGCCGGCCUCGCCCGCCGUGCUCUCGUCCAGCUCUCAUACGCCAUUGGUGUUGCUGAGCCCCUGUCCAUCUACGUCGACACCUACGGCACCUCUGAGAAGACCUCUGAUGAGCUUGUCAAGAUCAUCCGUGACAACUUUGACCUCCGUCCCGGUGUCAUUGUCCGUGAGCUGAACCUGACUCGCCCCAUCUACCUCCAGACUGCCAAGAACGGCCACUUCGGCACCAACCAGUCCUUCACCUGGGAGCAGCCCAAGCAGCUCAAGUUCUAA